ACCGUCAUUCACAGAGAGCGCAGUGCUGCCAAUGAGACUUUUGUGUCUGUGCUGAAAUGCUGAGGUCACUGAAAGCUGCAGCAUGAUUGGGAGCCUUAUUUAUUAUGGUCUGUAUCCGCUCACUAAACUCAUCAACAGGCUCUCAGAGUCGUGGUGGAAGGGUCAUCUGGGUCAUCCUGAUCAUCCUGUGUUCAUUAAUGGCAAAGAAGUGUGGGAUGGUGGUGGAGCCCCUUUCAGAAGGCUUAGUGAGCAGCAGACUGCCCUGUUGGAUGAGUGGCUCAGCACUGACAGUGCCCCUUUGGAAAAGCAUAAACCUGCUAGUCAAGAGAGACUGGACGCUGAGGGACUGGUGGAGAGUAGAUUUGUUCUGGAGACCAGGGAGGUGGUGCUAGCUGAGGAAAGGAUGGAGCAACAGGAGGAGCACCUCCAUUCCAAAAACGUAGAGGAGAGGAUUAGUCCAUUGGACAGUACAGUGGAACCUGAUCCAGAAUCUUCAGCAGAGGCAAAAGCUUUCACUCCAGCAAUGGAGAAGGAUGAUGUUGACCUUUCUGAAGAAAAGAAGACUGUCCCAUUAGCAAUGAAAACUGAUGGUAUGUCCAUCCUACAAGAUGAAACAAUUGAAGUGAAUUUAAUGAUAGAGAAGGAGAUGUUCUCUACAAUCGAGUGGGCUGAAGCAGAGGCUCCUGAAGCUGCUGGGAGUGAAGUGGGGUUUACUUCUCUGGAGGACAAGAAUUGUGACGAAGAGACUGGAACAGUGGCCGCAGUUGCUCAGCCUGGAGACACAAACAUCAACAUUAGGGAAAGCGAAUCCAGAGUUAAUGAGGGCGACUGUGUGUUUAAUUUGAGUGAGCUGCUCAAUGAUAGCAAUGCAGAGGCCCUGAAUAGUUUUACACAGUUCCAGCCUGUGCCUGCUUGGCAUUUCCCAGUAGGCCUUGGCCUGUCGGAGACAGUGUGUUGUCCUUCAGUACAGUUUCCUGGCAUGAGCUACUACCCUGCAAUUCAAGACAAUAACAAUUUUGAAGUGAUGUGGAGGGUGUGGGAGGACCUCAGUGAAGAUGGUUAUGACUCUGCAACACUGUCCACAGCCAAAGCUACAGCCAAGUUUGAUUUCACCCUUAUGUCCUACAAUAUCCUGGCCCAGGACCUGCUAGAAGCUAACUCAGAUCUGUAUCUACACUGCUUAGAGGAAACACUAGCAUGGGAGAACCGGUUUCAAACCAUCCUAAAAGAGCUUCAGACCUGGGAGCCUGAUAUUAUUUGUCUUCAAGAGGUCCAGGAGAAUCACUACCUGGAGCAAAUGUUUCCAAUCCUGACUGAGAUGGGAUAUAUCUGUCUAUACAAGCGGCGCACAGGCACCAAAACAGACGGCUGUGUGGUGUGUUUUCGAGGUAAUCGUUUCAUGCAGCUUUCUGUCAACAUGCUGGAGUUCCAUCGUCCUAACUGUGAGCUCCUGGACCGGGACAACGUGGGCAUUGUGCUGCUCCUUCAGCCAAUCAGCGAACAGGGGGAAGUCCUUCAGUUAAACCCUAUCUGUGUGGCCAGCACACACCUGUUGUUUAACCCCAGACGGGGAGAUGUGAAACUGGCUCAGCUGGCCAUAAUGCUGGCAGAGAUCAACACGGUGGUCAAGGAGUGCAAGAAGAAAGGAAGUGACUGUGAGGUCAUUCUGUGUGGGGACUUAAACUCCUUACCCAACAUGCCACUGUACCAGCUGAUCGUCACCGGACAGCUUUACUAUCAUGGACUUCCAGCCUGGAUGGUAUCUGGUCAAGAGGACUUGUCAUACAAAAUCCAUCACAGGAGGCUGUACGCCCCUCUGUGGCCCAGCAGCCUGGGUAUCAGUGACAGCUGUCAGUACUUUACUGAAGAUAAACCUCAAGCCAACCCCUCAGGGAAACUCCAGUACAACCAUGACUUCCUCCGGCAGCUGCGCUACUGCCAAGCUGCCUGUGUGCGGCCCCCAGACCUGGAACUCAUACCGGGCGUCACAGACAACACACCAAAUCCUGAAGAAAAGCUGCUGUUUGCUCCAAGGUUUGGAAACACUAUAAGUCACGGAUUAAAGCUAAGUUCCGUGUACAGUCCAAACAUAGCCGGCACCGAGCGCUGUGCAGUCACCACCCUGCACUCAGGAGCAGCCAUGGUCGACUACAUCUUUUACUCUACAAGACUUGACUGCUCAGAGGAACAUAAAGACUGUGAGAACGGUUUGAAGCUGCUUGGACGUCUCGCUCUGCUGUCUGAAGCAGACCUGUGGUCACUGAAUGGACUCCCCAAUUAUAUGUUCCCCUCAGACCACCUCAGCCUGCUGGCCAAGUUUCAGCUCAGUUGAAUGUUUAGGGCUCCAGCCAGUGUGACACAGCAAGAGAUACCCAAAUGCUCCCAAGUUCAGUGAACUAAGUCUGUUAGUGCUUGGACUUGAAAUUGCUCUUUUUUGAGGCCUUAAUGGAGAUGUUUCUUAUGGUUCGUUGUAUUCAAAGUCAAUGGCAGGUUGAUUUUGAAUUCAGAAUCAUGCUAUGCUAAAAUAGUUUUCUUCCUGGCAAAGAUUGUGGCCAAAGCUAAAGUUUCUGUCAUUUUAAACAUGUCCUUACUUUGACUGUUGAAGUUUCACAAAGACAUUUUAGUCAGAUGCCAUUUUUAUACUCUCUGUCAUAGAGUGGAAGCUUAGUGUGGUUUUAAAUCUUUGAGUUUGAGAUUGUGUGAAUUUGGGCAUUUUGAGGUUAUUAUACUGUAAGUGGUGUUGUGGGCAUUGUUAUGGCAAAUGGAAAUAGCCAUGGAGGAAAUAUUUGUUUAUUUAAGUUCUGUAUUUUCACUCUAAAAAAAAAAAAAUCCUGAAUGUACCUCAAUAGAGUUUUGACUUUUAUUUUCGAAAUUAUGUGCUUUCAUUUUGAGCGGCUUAAUAUUCUUUCAGUGGAAGAAAAUUAUUAAAUAACUUGCCAAAAGAAA